ACUUUCGAGCUUGUACACAUUGCUGUUUGCUGAUUUGAUCCACGCAAAUAUGAACAUGAUCAUUUACAAAUUCAUUUGUGUCUGUGUGCUGAAUGCAAACAAUGUUUCAUAUGCAGAGAUUCAAGAUAACAUGUGUAUUUGACUCUUAAAAUAGCCAGAUAUUGCAAUCAGCUGUUCACACGAUUUCUCCCCGAUCUGUGGACAUACAUCCGCCGAGUCACGCCACAACAGCGUUCCUAGGCCAUCGCUGGGUGAAGGAACUUUGGACCCGUCCUUUCAACUCUAUCAGAACACAGCGGAGCGUCCUGGCCUGAUCAUGGCGAGUCGUAGAUCAGUGUCGGAAAGGAUCAGUACACAGACUCUGGUGACCAACGGGAUCAAGACAGAGACAUACGGUUCGGCAACAUUCCCAUCUGGACUCUCAUAUGGUCUUGAUCUGCGGACAAGUCUAGUCAGCCCUAUUGGAGUGUUCCGCCUCCUACUUCGUGGCCGAACGUUUGUGUUUUUUGAAACGGACAAUCAUCCUUCGUUCAUGGACAUCCAGACAUUAAGUACUGGCAACCUAAUUUUCACUGUCAGCGGAGAACUGAGUAUUUCACCCAGCAUGUACAACCCCAGGCUCCCAAAGUAUCCAGCGGAGGUUCAGACAAGAUUUGCAUCUUUCCGAACAUCGUCGUUUGUCUGGGAAUCCAUUCUGAAGGUACCUGGAGCCCCUCACGUGACAGCUAGUCUAAAAAAUAACGGCGUUGUUGUGUCAAAGUCGACCAGGCGACCAUGCCCGGUGCCAGAUUGGUUUCGUGAAAAGUUCGGCCGACUGUACAACAAGGAUCCUGGGGUUACCUUCAGGAAGGUGGAGACAACUCCUAUCAAGAUGUGCAGGGGAGUUAACUCUAAUCCUUACAUGGUAACAGUUAAAAGUCGGGAUAUCGAUUCGAACCAACACACGAAUACGGGUUUGUACCUACAGUACUGUCUUGACGCUCUUGGUGAUCAUUUGUUCAGGAACAAGAUACAGUGCGAAUUAAACACCGAGUCACUCCUCCUCAAAUCGGCUACCUUCCUCCACGGGGGUGAGAGUGAGAUGGCUGAUGUGUUGGCUGUUGAAUUCUGGGAUGAUGAAACUGAUGCUGACAUGAUAUGUUUUAAUAUUGUCAAGUCAGGAAUCAGCAUCUACCAGGCUCGUAUAUGUUUUUAUCGAUAUGAUGAUAUAUUUGAACAAACCUGCAGACUCUAGCGUCACAUUUCAAAGUAUAGAACUUUACUGUAAGCAGAAAACUGUGAUUUGGAUAUGUUUAUUCCAGGAACAUUUUUGUUUACGUUUAGCGUCGUGCUUUCCCUUGAAUUUGCAGGGGACACAAGAAAUUGGAUUCACACGUGACGAGCUUUAAUCGCCGAACUACCCCUCCACCCGCACACAGUGCCGACGAAGUACAAGUGUUGUCUUGGGAUUAACUCCUCUAUAAUCCUGUUCUAACGCGUUAUGUUAGCAUUGGAACAUAUAUACAUGGAAGAUUGGAAGAUCUUUGCAUCUCCUUGACAAUGUAUUGUUGUACUUGUAACACUGUUACAAAGGUAUGUAACUUUGGAUCACGUCUUUGCAACGUUUAUGGUAACAGGAUGUGCCACCUUGGAUGACGUGCCUACCACGGUGUAACAAUGGGCUACUUUUUUCAACGUCCUUGAGAACACGAUGCUAAAAUUUGGUUUAACUCAAUCGGAAGCUUGUUCAGCAAGAGCAGCAUAUAUCUGUAUUAGUAUGUGUUCACCAUACUGGCUUUGUAUCCUGUAGUAAAGUGCCCUUUUCCAAC